GGGUAAUUCAGUUUCAUUGCAAACCCUAAAUUUUGAAUUCCCUAUAUAUACGGAGUACUAAGUAAAUCUCAUUUCAAACUCACCACCACACCAUGACAACAAGCAAGGAAAACACUCGGCCUAAUAAUAGCGAUUUGUAUUCCAUGAUAAAGGAAGUUGAACUCACUAGGUCAACUUGGGCUCUCAGAGUACGGAUGGUAGGAGCUUAUGAGGUUCCAUCUCAUUCCAAAGGAGGUGCAAGGCUGGAAGUAGUUUUUCACGAUGUGGAGGGGGGCCGUAUUCAUGCAGUCAUAAAAAGGCCAUUCACGCAUCUGUAUAGAACCAAACUGGUGGAAAACCAAUGUUUCAGAGUCAAGAACUUUUUAGUUCUAGAUAACAAUUACAACUACAAAAUGAGAUUGUAAUAUUAUCAACCUAUGACUUACAAUGCUUUUAAAAAACCUUUUGGUAUUUUCGAUUUUGCUAUGUCUAUUGGUUUGCAAGUUAGGGGUGACUAACGUUCACAUACAAAGUUAGAAACAUUUUAGCAGAACUACAACGCAUGAAUGGAGGAAGCCACAAAGAUUGUGAUAUGUAAGAACGAGACACACAGAUGGCAUGGUUGAAUCACGUUGUGUGAUUGAAAUUAUAGGCAGCAAAUUCUUUAGAAUUGUAAUAUUCGUAGUAUUUGUAAUUUGUAAUCAGAAAAGGCAUUUACAUGACUAAAAAUGUAACAUUCGGUUUUUAUAAUAAAGUUGAGACAUUCUAUGUUA